AUGUCGUCAGCUAUUGCUGAUUUGUGUAAGACAAUACAAAACAUGUCUUCAGCAAUUACUGACUUGAGUACAAAUGUCAAGGUACUACUAGCGAUGUUUAGUGAACAUGAUCAUCCGCAUCAAUUCGAUUGCGGAGUAUCAAGUCAGCAGUUUCCUUUGUCAUCGGAAGAGGAACUGCAGAUGCUGGACACUGGGUUGCAGCAGAAGGAAACGAGGGACAGAUUUAUGGCGAUGCUGACGAGGUUAAUUGGUGAUGACCCUAAAAUGUCAAUGCGUUACGUUUUGUCGUACAUCAUGACACCUGAGGUGGCCAGUAAUUUCACAUUGCUGGGCACUUCUUCAAAGCGCGCACUUCAGAAAUGUCGGUUUUAUGGCUGCAUACGAAGUGCAUUGACAAAUCGCUUCUUGUCAUCCUCCGUUAAUGAAAAAGACCUUGCGAAGCUUUACGACAUCGCGACACAAGGUUAUUUCCAUGACGUCAGAGACAAGUUGAUGAAGCGUAAUCGACGGAAGCAAGAGCAGUUGCAGUCAACAGUCCUAACGAACAUAACCAAUUCACAGGACGACUGUUUUGACUGUCAAUAG